AAUAUCUUUGUCGAGAGUCCCGUACGCCACCGUCGUUUCUGUUGUAGGGCAAAUUGCAUUCUCCUGGCACUCGAAUCCGAAUCAAAUAUCUCGCCGCCGAUAUGUCUCAGGUUGACAACAGAAAUUCUUCAGCAGCCAAGCGUGCUAGAACCGAUGGUAGUAGAAGGGAAGAUGAUUGGACCUGCCCUAGCUGUGGAAAUGUUAAUUUUUCCUUUAGAACGACUUGCAAUAUGCGUAAUUGCACUCAGCCAAGGCCAGCGGAUCAUAACUCAAAAUCUGCUGCUAAGCCUUUCCAAGCCCCACAAGGUUACUCAUCUGCUGCUCCUUAUGUGGGUUCUGCUGCACCCUCUUCAAUGUAUCUUGGUGUCCCACCAUAUGGUUCCUCUCUCUUCAAUGGAUCAUCUAUUCCACCCUAUGAUGUUCCAUUUUCUGGGGGAUCAGCAUAUCAUUACAACUACGGCAGCCGCCUGUCUACAGGCAGCCCCUACAGACCUCUGCAUUUGUCUGGACCAACACCUUAUUCUAGCGGAUCCAUGAUUGGAAAUGGUGGAAUGUAUGGUAUGCCCCCUAUGAUGGAACGGUAUGGCCUAGGUCUGCCCAUGGGCCCUGGUCCUAUGGGGCCAAGGCCAGGGUUCUAUCCAGAUGAUAAAUCUCAAAAGAAGGGCGCAGAUGCUACACGUGAUAAUGAUUGGACAUGCCCAAAAUGUGGAAACAUCAACUUCUCAUUUAGAACUGUUUGCAACAUGAGGAAGUGCAAUACCCCAAAGCCUGGAUCUCAGCAGGCUGCAAAGAAUGACAAAAAUUCUAAGCAAAAAAUGCCAGAAGGUAGCUGGAAGUGUGAGAAAUGUAAUAACAUAAACUAUCCAUUUAGAACCAAGUGUAACAGACAGAACUGUGGAGCGGACAAACCAGCUGAAUCAAAGAAGUCCCCUUCACCUGCCCCGGAUGAAAAUGAUCAGUGAGUACUAGGACAUAUUUGAGGGUUGAGAAGGUCCAGAGUUGUCAUCCAGCAUUGCUCAAUAUGGGUGUCUGAAAGUCAGUCUUGUCGUCGUCAUGUUGCAGCGGUUAUCGAGUUACUCUACCUUUUCAUGAUCUGUGUCAAGUUGUAUUAACUGGUAUGGUAUUUGUGGUCUUUGUGGAUCAUACAAUGCAUUUUGUGUCCGCCAGUACCUUCUGGCAAAGAUUUUACAGGUUGGUUCUGGUUUCUAUGAGUUAGACCCUUUACUUUUGGAAUCAACUCAUCUAUUCUGGUGGGUAUGUUACCACUUAAGAUAUGUUACCAGUUGGCUAAAAAGGUUACUGUAGUCUGCUUUUUUUUCUGGUUUUCGUAUGAUGUCAAAUUGUCUCAUAUCAUUGAAGUAUCUAUGAUUUAACAGAUGCUUCUGUUAGAAGCAUAUGAAGCCCCCACGUUUGGUUGAUUAGGUCUCAUGGUGUUAGAACUGGGGAUAGAAGGUUUGUUGAUUGUAAGGGGUGAGCAUGUAGUUCUUUUUUGAGUUGCCCAUUCCUCCUGUCCUGGUAGUUUCACAUCAUUAGCCGUCAUUAGUCUUGUGACCUUAAAAUUAACGCGACCUGAAAGAAGUCAACAGGAGGCAUUUUGCUUGUCUUUCCGAAGUAGCGUUAGAUUUCAUGCCCUACUUGUCAGGCUGUUGAGUGCCCUAUUAUACAUCUUUCCCUGUGUUUGUUGCCUCGACAAAAUAUAGAUUUCUCGUAUACAACAAAGAAAUUGGGUCCUUUUGGUGUAAGUCUGAAGAUUCUGAGUGAAAUUUGAUUAAUUUGAGCAUACCGGAUCAUUUAAAAAAAAAAAAAAGAGAUAAAUUUCCUGGUUUUGGUUUAUUUAAAUAUGCUGCAUCUUUGUGCUAUGACGGCAUUGGUUCUUUACAGUUAACACCUAGUUAUUCCUUACAUUCGGAUCUCAGAUCUAGUUCUUCCCCAACUUAACAUACUCUAAUGACAUUGUCGUUAUAUCUUUUUGAACUUAAAAUGAACCAAGCCGAUUUCUUCGCCAUUUUUUUUA